UGUGCGUGUGUGUUAAGGUAGAGAUCAGAAAAUGAAAAAUAACAUAACUGUUUAUGGGAAUAUGUGCAUGUGUUGUAUAUAUAAGCGAACAUGUGUGUGUGUGUGUGUGUGUGCAAAUGCAUAACUAAAUAACAAAUUUCUUCUUCUUUAGUAAAAGUAUUUUUUCUUUUAACUUACAUGAAUGAGAGAGAAAUCUAGAGGAGAAUUAGUCAUUGGCUAACCACCUACGAGAAUAUUUCAUGAAUUUCAAGUGACCUUAACUAUAUCAGCGCUUACGAUUGCAGAUAUCUAUCUAUUUAUGUCUAGUGAUCAAAAAAUAACUGUGAAUAUGGGACGUACGUCUGUGUUACUAUUCUGCCUAUUGUUUGCCUUUCUAACUGUAGCCAAUGGAAAGUUCGGCGACAAAGUGAAUAUCAAAGAAAAGGAUCUAAUGCGUAAAUCAAUAGUAUUUGAUAAAAAGACACCCGAUGUCUUCUAUUGUCCAAUGCAAAAACCAUCGGCUAUGAAUAAAUUGAUUGUUCGAUCUCGUCCUUUACAUAAGCUUUGCGAAUACGAAGGUCGACCAUUGCCGGAAGAUUAUAAAUCGGAUUGUUAUGGCGAUAUCGAUGAAUCUAAUUAUGCCUGCAAAGAGAAAUACAGAAUUAUGAUGAGAAAGUAUCCACCCGGAAGUGAAGAGCCCUUUAAUGGGACACGUUUACGCCGUUUCAUUGAUAUGGAAAGUCAUGCACAACAAAAAUUAAAGCAGCAAACGUCUUGAGAUCUCUUUCGUCUAUCCAUUUUGAUUUUAA